UAUAUUUAGAUGAGGAACUUGCAGGCGACAGUCUCGUGCGUCGCAUGCCACGGCCUCUUCUUCCCUGCGUCGCUGCCCAUCCACGAAAAGACAUGCUUUCGGAAAAACGCAUUCGUGAACGUGUCGUGCCCCGUCUGCAAAACCCUCGUUCGGUCUGGACACUUCCAUAACCAUGUUGCCAGCUGCAACCUGGCGGCCCCACUGCCACCAGUCGUUCGACCUGCAGUUCCCAAGCCAAAAAGCGCCGCGGGCCCAAUUGGCCUCCCCGAAGCCGACGGUCGAAUCAAGUGCCGAAAGUGCAAACGCAGCUUUGCACCAGAUCGCGUGGAAAAGCAUCAGUCGGUAUGCCAAGAGCGCGAGCGCACCACCCAUAACCAAUUCCAUCACACCGAGCCAGCGCCCCUUGCUCGGCACCCCACGACCACCGCGUGGCGACCGCCAACUCGAGACAACCUCCAGAAAAAGCGUCCAUCGGUGAAGUCUACUGGUCAAGUCUUGCGACCUAUGACCAUGCCACCAGUGGACAUGAAGCCGCGAAAGAUUCAGGCAGCCCCAUACGAUAUGAUAUUGCGAGAUCGCAGCAAUCAACGGGGCUUUGCCUCGGGUGGCAUUGGGCUAUCGAACGCAACGUCGGCAGGGAACCCGCUAUCCCGUCGACCGUAUUGAGUAUUAACAUGACUAUUAUUUCUCUACAACUACACCACUUCCAUGACUAAAAUGGCGCCCGCGAGGACCCACUUGGUUGGUGGAGAUUUGGACCGCAGCUGGGCCGUGAAGAUGUAGGUCGGGCCGCGUUGUUGGGUGCGGUACACGGGGCAUUCAAAGAUAUUGGCAGCCGUGUUUUGGGUGGCCAUGACGGCGCGGCAGUUGAUGAUGGGCAUAGGGCAGCUCAUCUCCUUGGGCAAACUCGAGUCGAUGAUCCCAGAGCUCAGAUCCCACCUCGCCCCUUCAAGACUGAGACCGUAAAUGAACUGGCCGUCGCGACUGGGGGCGUCCAGCGAGUCCAGCAUGCGCUUGGUGAUGUCUGUGACGAUCUGGAGUUUGUCGAGCUCGACGCUGUUCUUUUUCGCCAUGGACUGCAAGAUCGCGGUCAAGAACGACUGCGGGUUGAACAACCCACUGAUCCAAAUUACGAGGGGCAACUCCCCCGACGACGAGCUCCACUCCUGCAGCUGUGUGAUGCGGUGUUCAAGGUCCGACAGCCACGGCGACAGCGACCGGUUGCUCGGGUACGCCACACACUCCCACGACGACGGGACUUUAUCCAGAAACAGACUGUCUUGCAACUUUUCCAUUGUGUCGCUCAUGGUGAGGUCGCCGCGGAAGCCCAGGUCCAACUCGAUCAACGUCCGAGUCAUGUGCUCCAACAGCGUGUUCAUUCGCUCCAUCUCUUGCACGAGCACCGUUUGGAACGGAUGUGGGUUGUCUGUUGCUAGCAAGUCCGACACGUCGAGGCGCAGGUCGCGGUAGUUCUCGAGCACAUCCUGCAAAAUUCCCUCCGCGACUGUCUGCGAACUGUCGACGGGCUCUGCGACGGCGGCAGCCGACGACGUGGACGGGAACGCGCCGAGUAGGACGGCGCCUUGGAUGAGCUUCUCGCUCAGCUCCGUGCUAAACAGAAUCUCCGUGUUGGGAUGGAGCCCAAACGCCAACGUGGAAUCCCCCACAAGACUCAUCUCGACGUGUUCCAGCAUCCGGUCAAACGACGAGUUGAGUUUCGGUGCCGAAAACAACUUGACGUCGGCAUCAUCGUCCAAGUACGGAAACAUGCUCAGCUCGUCCAAGAGCUCGUCGCGCAAAAAGUAUUGCAAGUACGUGUUGCAUACAAGGCGGUCGAAGUCGUUGACGAUGUGGCCGCCGUACAUGAUCUCCCCAAAUAAGUAGCGCAAGUCUUGCCACGGAACUCUGGCCGGCGCAUUCUCCAUGUAAUUGCCCAGAACUGUCGCGCUGGACGUCAAGUCGCCGGCCGAAAACGGAUAGCUCAUAUUGAACCCCUACACGACAACAAGAAAUAUAUUCAACACACAACACUAACCGACGACGUACUUGAGCUCCAAAACGCUUGCGC